CGUUGUUUCCAAGAAACUGAUGAUCCGCACUCCCAUAUGAAAUACGUUUUUAAACAAGUUUCCUUGCACUCAGAUUUUAUACUCUCUUUUCUCUUCAUACAAACCAACGAAGAAGAGAUGCGUAACUUCCGCUCAAAGCCGUUGGAUUUCCACCUCCAUCUAACUUACUUUCUUCUUCUACUCUUCCCUACCCUUUCUCAUGCCCAACAUCUCUACCAUAUCUGCUCAACUAGAGCUAAUUACACUGCUAACAGCACCUUCAAAACUAACCUCAACCAGCUUUUUUCCGUUAUAACUAACAACGCUCGCUUCAUCAAGUACUUCUACGAUACCAAGGGCGAUGAUGCGGAAAUUGUCCAGGGCCUCUUCCUCUGCAGAGGAGAUAUCACUAGUGACCUCUGCAACACCUGCGUCAACCAGGCCUGUCAAGAAAUCCAACAGAAGUGCCACAUGACGAGAGAUGCAGUCAUAUGGUAUGAGAACUGUACGUUGCGUUACUCAGACCAUAGAUUCAAAUCUGUAUACAAUCCCACAUAUAAUUCCAUAGAGCUGUAUAUGUGGAAUACGGGUAAUUCGUCAGACCCACAACAGUUUAGCGCGACACUGAGCAGUUUGAUGAAUAAUAUUUCUUCUGUGGCCGCGUUCGAUCCUUCGGUUCCGAAAUUUGCAACUGGAGAGGCUAAUUCUACGGUCAAUCAGACAAUAUAUGGACUUGUGCAGUGCACCCAGGAUUUAACAAAUGAAGAUUGCAUCGCAUGCCUGAGAGAUGCCAUUUCUAAGAUUCCGGUGUGCUGUGAUGGAAAGAUAGGUGGGCGAAUUCUCGGUGCAAAUUGUAUUUUGAGGUUCGAGGUCUACCCCUUUUAUGAAUCUUCAGCUGCCGUUACACCAGCCGCUCCACCUCCACAUCCACCUCCACCUCGACCUCCAACUACUGCCCCUACUGCUGAGAAACGCAGGAAGCUAGCAACGGCUCUGAUCAUCGCUAUUGUGGCAACGGUUUCAGCAUUUAUUAUCUUUGGUUCUUGUAUCUACCUCUAUAGUCAGGCAAGUAAGAAAUUACACAAAGUGGAAGAGAAAAGCCAGCAAGGUCUGUUACACGGUUUGGAUUCUCCAGUCGAUCCGGAGUUCUUGCAUGCAAGUAUGGAAGGACAUGAUGAAGUGCAUGCUCAAGAACUUCCCAUGAUCGACUUAGCUACAAUACAAGCAGCUACAAAUGACUUCUCAGAAGGAAAUAAGCUUGGACAAGGUGGAUUUGGCCCUGUCUACAAGGGUUUGCUUCCUGAUGGGAAGGAAAUAGCAGUUAAGAGGCUUUCAAGGAGUUCAGGGCAAGGCCUAGAAGAAUUAAAGAAUGAAGUUACCUUGAUUGCCAAACUUCAGCACAGGAAUCUAGUGAGGCUCUUAUAUUGUUGUAUAGAGAGAGGAGAAAAGCUGCUCGUCUAUGAAUACAUGCCUAACACUAGCCUUGAUGUCUUUCUCUUUGAUCCAAUCAAGCGGGUAGAAUUAGAUUGGGAAAGACGCCAUACCAUUGUUGGUGGAAUUGCACGGGGCCUUCUUUAUCUCCACGAGGACUCGAGACUCAGAAUCAUUCACAGGGAUAUGAAAGCUAGCAAUGUUCUUCUGGACGAUAAGAUGAACCCAAAGAUAUCUGACUUUGGAAUGGCCAGGAUUUUUGGUGGAAAUCAAAGCGAGGUCAAUACCAAUAGAGUGGUUGGAACAUAUGGAUACAUGGCACCAGAGUAUGCAAUGGGAGGGCUAUUUUCUGUGAAGUCUGAUGUGUAUAGCUUUGGAGUUCUACUGCUAGAGAUUGUAAGCGGAAAAAGAAACACCAGUCUCAAUCUCCCUGAACAUGCUCAGAGUCUCCUCACUUAUACAUGGAGAUUAUGGUGUGAUGGAAGAGCUAUGGAGAUGGUUGAUCCUUUUUUAGUGGGGACAUGCCCAAAAAAUGAAGUUUUUAGAUGGAUCCACAUUGGACUAUUAUGUGUUCAAGAAGAUGCGGCAGAUAGGCCCACCAUGUCGACGGUUGUUGUCAUGCUGGGAAGUGAAUCUAUGAAUCUUCCGCAGCCUACGCAACCAGGAUUUUUCGUGGCAAGGGCAAUGGUUGGAUCAGAUAAAUCUUCAGCCAGUGUUAUAAUCAGCUCUACCAAUCAGAUUACUAUCUCUACUACUGAAGCCAGGUGAGUGAGACAACCUAGCACUCAGCUUGAUGCUCGAACAGGUGAUGGUUCAAACACAGCUUACAAAAAGUCUAAUGUUCGCAAAGACACAAUGUCCAUAUACAAUUUCAUUUCUAGCUCGGGGCUUGAUGAGCCUACAGGAUUCAAUAAUUUAGUUGCUUGAAGCCAAUGUGUUCGUGUUGAGUUUAUUCGCUGUGUUAAUGCAUAUAUGUACUUUCGUCGUCCAUUGGGACACCAUUUUAUUUGCAAUUGGGGUCUUCUUAAUAAAAGAGAUUAAUGAGUUAUUCUAUCCCUGAUAACAA